UGACAUUUGAUGUGAAUGUUUUCUCAGAAUUGUCUUCGCAAUUGGCGCCCAAAGUCGUGGAGCUAGGAAGCAUCAGAGCAGUCGUCAACAAUGGAUGCUCUUUCUGCGCAGCGCGCCCGCGAGACUCUGGACAUUGCUCACGAGAUCUCCAAGCUCCUGAACACGGGCCUCGACAGGGACACCCUCUCGGUUCUGAUUGCGCUCUGUGAGAAUGGGGUCAACCCUGAAGCCCUUGCGGCAGUUGUGAAGGAGCUCCGUAGAGAGGCAGCGGCGCUGCGCUCUGCUGCGGUACAUAAGAAGUGAAGAAUCGCAGGGUGGCUUUAUCUGGACUGAUAGCUCUGCCUUUCUACUGUAAAUUGUUUUACAUUUUUCUGCCAACAAGUCUACAAGUGAACAGCAUAUGUGUUUCACACCAGGUUACUUUGCUCAAGGUGCCUUCUUGCUUAGGCAGACCAUUCCUGGCCUUUAAUCGUACCAGUCCGCACAUAUAUUUUCAGGAGUGAGAGACUCCACACAAUCUCAAUCAAUUCAGCCAAUUUUUACUGCCAACUGUCCUUGGGGUAGCAAGCAAGCCUCUUCCUCAUGCGGACCGUCGAUCAGCAGACACUUGGCAGCCCCGCGCUCAGCGAACUGCAGAUAAGAGCCGCUGAGGCUGCCGGCGCAGCAAUCAAGAGAUGGCAGCAGGGGGGACUGUCACGCAGGAUGGUUCUGGGAGUGAUUGGCUCAUUGGCAGCCCUGUGGGUGCAAGGCUUCAACCGGAGCCGAGUGGUCAACAGAGAAGGACUGCUCAGGGCUGUCAGAGAGCGGCCCGCGGGGGUGCCGCUCAUCUCUUGCUCAAACCACAUGUCGACCUUAGAUGACCCCUUGAUGUGGGGCGCGCGCGGCCUCCCAAGGUUCAACCCUGCAAACACGCGCUGGGUGCUUACAGCGGAGGACAUCUGCUUCACAAACCCCGUCUAUGCCUACUUCUUCCGGCUGGGCCAGUGUAUACCCAUCAGGCGAGGAGCCGGCGUCCACCACGAGUAUGUUUUGGAGGUGCUUGCCCGGAUCAAUCGUGGGGAAUGGGUGCACACGUUCCCCGAGGGCAAGAUCCAGCAAGAGCUCGGCCCCCUCCCCCGUCUCAAGUGGGGCAUCGGCAGCCUGAUCGCGCGCGCUUCCACGCCCCCCAUCGUGUUGCCCGUCUGUCACAGCGGCUUUCAGCAGAUGCUCCCGCAAAAGACGACCUUCCUGGGCAUCCAAUCCGGUCGCCCGAAACUGCCCCUCGUCGGCAAAAACGUCACUAUCGUGGUCGGCGACCUGCUCGAGUUCGACGUUCCGGCGCUGAAAAAGGAAGCGGAAUCCGCUGUGGCGCGAGCGAAAGCGGAGGGGAAAGCGUUUCCUUGGGAGGCUGCGGUUGGCGAGGCGGAGAGCGCAAGCGUGACGAGGCCAGGGGAGGGUCAGCGAGGUAUCGAGGAGUCCAUUACCCCGCGUGCCAGCAACAAGGCCACUGCUUCGACAGCGCAAGCGACGCUGCCUUUGAUGCCCGAGGACAACGCUACGAAGUGGCUGUAUGCAGAGAUCAGCGAACGCAUCCGCGUCAAGAUGGAAGAGCUGGCUUUCGAGGCCCACAGAUUGAACGCAAUGGGCAGACGAUGGUUCAUGUCGAAAUAAUCUGUGGCUUCACUGCCACUUGUACUUCGAGUACCAGCAUUGCGCUUCCGUCGUCGAUACUCGAAGCCGCUUUUUAUCGGUUGCGACGGGACCAAUUCCUUGCAAGCGCCCGGGACACGCUCUCUUCGACAUAGAGGAUGAUGCGGCGUCGCACUGCAAGGCAGCACCGUUGCGCCAGGUUGCACAGUGCGCUAGCAUCCGAUCGACCCUCGUACUGAUGUUGUGU